AUGGAAGGCGAUGAUGCCGAGCAAGUCCAUUCUGGAAUACCUUAUGUUACCUUACCACACUAUCUGCACUAUCCUUCCCAAAACCAGAAACCUAUGUUGACCUCAAGCUUCUCAAACAUGGAAUUUGGAGAAGACCACCAUGCUUUGAAACAUUUGGAUCCUUCUCAUGGUUUAGAUCAUCUUCCUUUGUGCUACUCCCAACUUCAGCUUCCUGUUAAUAAUAGCAACAAUCCAAUUCAUAUCCCUGUUCAUAAGUCCUCCCCAACAAACACACCAUCCAACAGAAACAACAAUUCCGACGAAGCAAAGGCUGUCCUUGAUGACCGAAAGAAAAAGAGGAUGUUCUCCAACAGGGAGUUGGCUCGCAGGUCACGGAUGCGAAAGAAGCAACAGAUCGAAGUCCUUCAGUACCAUGUUGAGCAUCUUCAGACUUUGAACCAUCAGCUGUCCCAAAAAAUCAUUUACUUCUUGGAAUGUAACCAACAGAAUGCUCAACUUAAAGAGAAGGUUUCUUCUCUUAAAGUAGCCCUCUCUGACUUGUUAGUUCCUGUUGGACAUGCUACUGACCAACCUCAACACAUCCCUGGCGGCUUCCUCUCCAAGCCUUCGACUCAAACAAUUGCUAGCUCUGGAGCAUAA